AAUAUCUUCGAAGUCGUCUUACACGCACUUGUAGAGCGGUGGGAAAAAAAUCACCAAAAGCUUCAGAAAACACCAGAAACAGCUCAACUUCAGAUUCACUCUUCCUCUUCUCUCUUUCCUACCCAAGAUCCAAUCAAGUCCAGCUUAAGCUCCUCUCUCUCUAUCUCUCUCUCUCUCUCGCUGAAGCCCAAGAUCCAAGUUUCAGAAAGUGGGGUUCACCUUCACAAUAAUCCAUUAUCCAUGCAAGAGGGGAUAGAUUCAGGUUUGUCUUCCUUACUUCAAAUGUUUGGUAGACUAUAAACAUUACCCAGGAAAGUAUAGGCUUGAGAUUGACCCUUUCAAGAAAAUUGUUUUGUGUUCCAAUUUUGUUCAUUGACCUCUGUGGAUGAAAUGUGGUAACUAAAGUCUCUGUCUUGUGGGGUGAGUACUGUGUAGGAUUUUGAGAUUGAACAUUUGGGUCUUGAAAUUUUCUUUAGUUCAGUUUUUGGGCAGCUGAAUAAAAUUUAAAACUUUUGAGAUCAUGAAGAUUGCAUCUUUGGUUGUUGUGGUUUGGAGUGUGUAUGGCUUGUUGAGUUUGGGGUUCACAUAUCCAUACCAUGUAGAACCACAAUUUGAUUUUAUGAGUGGAAGAAGUGAAACCCCUGUUACCUAUAACUAUGAUCGAAUAGAUGAAGUGAAGAAACAAUGUGGAAUUGUUCUUUCUUCUGCUUCUGAACUGAAAGCUGAAAAUAAUAAGGCGUAUAGCAUAAAAGAGGAGCUACUUUUUGUUAAUGGGGACUGGAGGCAGGAGGUGGGUAAUGCCCCAAUCAUACCAUUUGAUGAUAGAGAAGUCCCAACAGAGUCGUGGGGUAAUCAUACUACAUCGAACUUGGUAUCGUUUUGGGUUACGGAUGUUGAUCGUGCCCAUCGAUCCAAGAAGUCUGUAAGUGUUAGUGGGUUCAUGAUUUUGGGCAUUACUAAAGAUGGUGGCUUUGCAGAUUAUGGGUACCAAGGAAAUUCUGAAUUCCAGAUAUGGCCUGGCCAUUCUCAAAUCCCAAUUUCCUUCCAAGGGAUUUACACUGAAUCAAAGAAAAAUGGUGGGGAAAGAGUAAUGUGUUUGUUGGGGAGUACAAUGUUGCCUUCUCGGGACUCUGAUUCUGCUAACCCUUGGGAGUGGUUGAAGGCUUCUCGGGAGUCUGAUCCUCCUCUUUCUCAAGAUGAUCAAAUUCUACUUGUUCUUCACUAUCCAAUGACUUUCACGUUGACAAAUAGGUCUAUCCAAGGAGAAUUAAGAAGUUUAAAUUCAAAGUCAAACUCAAAGUAUUUUGAUGUGGUUCACAUUUCAUCGCAGUUGGGAAAGUCUGCAGCUUACGAUUUUGGAUCUGAAAAGAUAGUGUCAAGAGCAUGUGAUCCAUACCCUUACAAUGAUAGCUUGAUCUAUGGUGGCGUUAGCAUCUAUAAAGGUCCUUCUAUUUGUGAAAUCCUUGAAGAAAUUGCAAGGGACCAAGCUUUCACUGUUUUGCCAAACUGGAGAUGCAAUGCCACUGAUGAUUUUUGCAGUAAGCUGGGUCCGUUUGUGGCAGAUGAAGACAUUAAGGCAUCAGAUGGAAGCUUUAGAGGUGUUAAACUUUUUAUGCAGAAUAUCAAGUGUGAACAAAAAAAUGACCAGGGAAAUGCCAGUUCAGCAAGGGUUUCAGCUGUGUUUAGAGCUGCUUCUCCACUAGAGAAUCAGUAUACCGCAGCAAAGAGAUCUGGGCUUAACAACAUGACUGUUGCUGCUGAGGGAAUAUGGAAAUCUACCAGUGGGCAGCUUUGCAUGGCUGGUUGCCUUGGACUUGUUGAUGUGGAAGGGAGUCGAUGCAAUAGUCGGAUCUGUUUGUACAUACCUGUCUCUUUUUCCAUAAAGCAACGAAGCAUUAUUUAUGGAAGUUUAUCCAGCACCAAUAAGAGCGGUGCAUCAUUCUUUCCUCUCUCGUUUGAAAAGCUAGUGCAGCCUACAGAGUUGUGGAAUUAUUUAAGAACCUCCCAUCCAUACUACAGGUACACAAAAAUUGAUUCAGCUGCUGUUGUCUUGGAAAAAAAUGAGGCCUUUAGUGUUGGAACUGUCAUCAAGAAAUCAUUGCUGAAUUUUCCCAAACUGGAAGACACAGAAGCUUUUCAAGUCAGUCUUUCUCUUCUCUCAGAAGAUCUAACCCUUCAUGUGUCUGCAGUUCCUGAUCCAAUGCGAAAUGCUCAGCCUCCUAGAACAGAUAUUCAGAUGGAGAUUCUCUCUGUUGGCCCCUUGUUUGGGCGCUUUUGGUCUCCACAAAAUGGUUCCACUGCAGAAGAGGAGACUCCUUACCACACGAAGGCUGAAUACACUGAAAAGCAGCUCCUUCUGAAUGUAUCAGCACAACUUACCAUCUCUGGGAAAGCUUUUAGCAAUUUCUCUGUGCUUUUCUUGGAGGGUCUGUAUGACCCACAUGUUGGAAAGAUGUAUCUAGUUGGUUGCAGGGAUGUUCGAGCCUCGUGGAAGAUCUUGUAUGAGAGCAUGGAUCUUGAGGCUGGGCUUGAUUGUUUAAUUGAGGUGGUUGUGUCCUAUCCUCCAACUACAUCUAGAUGGUUAGUCAAUCCAGCUGCAAGUAUCUCAAUAGCCAGCCGAAGGAAUGAAGAUGACCCCCUUUACUUUAGUACAGUCAAGCUCAAAACUCUUCCGAUUAUGUACAGGAAACAACGGGAAGACAUUCUCUCUCGUCGGGGUAUUGAGGGAAUUCUCAGGAUAUUGACUCUUUCCCUGGCAAUAUCUGGCAUUCUAAGCCAACUGUUUUACAUCAGACAUAAUGUUGAUUCCGUGCCUUACAUGUCUCUAGUCAUGCUAGGUAUCCAAGCCAUUGGGUAUAGCAUUCCUCUGGUCACAGGUGCUGAAGCGCUUUUCAAGAAGAUAUCUUCUGAAUCCUAUGAAACAUCUUCAUAUGACCUUGACAACAGUCAGUGGUUCCAUAUAAUUGAUUACACGGUAAAGUUUAUUGUGAUGGUCUCAUUAUUACUGACUUUAAGGCUUUGUCAGAAGGUUUGGAAAUCCCGAAUCAGAUUACUAACACAAACUCCUCUUGAGCCACAUCGUGUCCCUAGUGAUAAGCGGGUGCUUCUGACUACCUUGACAAUACAUUUUAUUGGCUAUAUAAUUGUUCUUGUCAUUCAUAGUAUGAACACCAGCAGAAGAUCUAUUCGGACAAAAAGUUACAGAAUCGCUAGAGCAAAUUCUCAUGCAAUGUGGGAAUGGGAAACUGAGCUAGAGGAGUAUGUUGGUCUUAUUCAAGAUUUUUUCCUUCUCCCACAAAUCAUUGGCAACCUUGUGUGGCAGAUUGAUUGUAAACCACUUAGAAAGUUUUAUUUCUUCGCGAACACACUGGUCAGACUUUUCCCUCACAUUUAUGAUUAUGUGAGAGCUCCUGUGCUCAAUCCUUACUUUGCCGAGGACUACGAGCUUGUCAACCCAACUACGGAUUUUUACUCCAAGUUUGGGGAUGUUGCCAUACCUGUUACAGCAAUUAUCCUUGCAGGUGUAGUCUAUGCUCAGCAGAGGUGGAGUUAUGAGAAACUCAGCCAAACUCUUACUGUGGGGGAAUGUAGGCUUCUUCCAUUGGGAUCCAAAAUGUAUGAGAGGUUGCCUUCAAGUUCCAAAGCAUUUGAAGCUGAGCUAGUUUCUGGUGUCAAUGGUAAUGCUAGACAUGAGAAUGAGAAAGAGGAUGAUGAUGUAGAAUGAUGUGGAAAACUCUUUAAAAUUAACAUACAGAAAAAAAGUGUUGUAAACAUAUAUGCGCAACUUUGAUGUUUGUUCUCACUUAUGAGAUGUUGAUGUUGGCUUCUAAGAGAAUUGUAGCAAGAACUAAAUUAUCCUGCAAUUUUUUUUCUUUCUUU